GUGUGCAAGACGGGGAGAAGGGAAAAACAACUUUAUAUCGGAGUUGUCUAUGCAUUUUCAUGGCAUAAGGCUAGUAAGCAUAUAAUUUCUCCAUUGAAUACAGACGGUCGACGUAAACAACCCUCAUCGAAUAUUCAAAACUGGAUUACAAUAAUAAGGUGCAUCCACCAAUCCAAAGAAAGGAUAUGCGGGAGUUCGGCAGCCCGGCAUGUCGCUUUGUGGACAACGACUAUCAUUAUUAGAGCGGAGAGACAUGUAAACAUGUCAGUAUAGCCAUAAUCUUUGAUAAAAGUCCAUUAACAAAGAAGUAGACCAGACCCAGCUGCUAUUGCAUUGGUGUCUAUAGGAGACACAUCUAGUAGACCGGAACUUACCUUUUUUUUUUUUUUUGCAAAACGGCGAGUGAACCAUCUUCAUUUAUCCACCAUCUUUGGUGUGUUCAGAAGGCUGCAGAGUAUGUAAACAAACAACAAUGACAGCCGUAGGCCUGGUUCUUUGCAGCCAGACGUUAGUCCUGCAUAGUUAUCAAGGUAUAUCAGACCCAUAUCCAUCCGUACAGAACACCUGUCGGCUAUGCGGACAAAAUCUGCUCAUCAAAGGGACAUUACAGGCAACACGAAGAAUAUUUGACAAGCCCAAAGCCUCAAAGGACAAAAAGUUAUGUGACAGAUUCCUUGCCACCGGUUUAGUGCUAACUGAGGCACCAGGGGUGAAGUCGGGCAGAAUUUGUGCCAAGUGCUAUCGACUAUUUCUCAGGAUAGAGGAAUCUGUAAGCAUUUUAAAGAAAUGGCAAUCAGAGCAUCAGACACCGGGGACGAGCAAGAAGAGGAAGCGUGAACUGGAACCGAGUCCAUCUGAAACAGACAGGGCUGCCAAUAAGACAUCUGAACGGGAGCCGAGUCCAUCUGAAACAGACAAGGGAGCCAAGAAGAAAUGUCCUCCCUAUAAAAAGGUUCCUCCGAGGAGCAGUCUUGUCGAGGUUGUCAUAACAUACCCGAACCAACUGGAUCCAAAGCUGAAAAAGAGGGUCGAGAAGGUUUCAUCAGAAUUUUCCGGAAUGGUUGAAAACCUGGCGAAAGGCAAAUUGGCAACAUUUGUCAGGUUAGCCUUGACGAAUGAGACCAUGUGUCAAGAAAUCAGAAAGCAGAUGACGCAAAAAAUAGAAGCAGAGGUCAAGGAAUAUGCAAGACCCUUAAAUUACUUGACUUCAGCUGAACCGUGCAUCUUGAGUCGUACCUCAUUGGAGAAUAUGAAGUAUUUUUCAUACGAAGCGUUGGAUAAUGAGUUGUCCAGGAAGACACCAUGGCUUUAUACCACCAUCAAUACUGCAACAGGUGGUUCCACCAUCCAUAACUGUGUGGCUGCCUCUGUGGCCCUGAGAGGUAGAAACCCCAGGCUUUCUGCACUGGCCUAUGUCAUCAACUCAACACUGACCCAAGGGGGGGUUAAGCCCAUUUUCAAAAGACUCUCUAAGAUGGGCAUAACAACCACACAUAGCAAUGUCCUAAAUAAGCAGAAAGAGAUGAAGGCAGCUGGGUACAACAUCAACAUCAAAUGCUGGAGGGAGGACUGUGAGCUGUUUUUCCAACAUAGUGUCAGCGGUGAAGUCUGCCCACGACCUCCUCCUACGGCUAAACCGACAGAGGAGACCGGAAGCGAGGAGGACGGGGGGCCAGUGGAGGAUGAGUUUGAAAUAGAGCUGGACUGGGGUCCACUGGAGGAAGAUGAGGAAGAGUGGAGUCCACUGUCAGAAGAGACAGAAAGAGAGGAGGAUAGAGGAUCAACAGUACAGGAAGAGAGAGAAGAAGAGAAAGACAGGGGUUCCCUGCUAGGAGAGACAGAAACAGAGGAAGUGGGACAUGCAUCGUCAGCACCACAAGGAAAUGACACACAGGAAGAUGACUCUGGUUCAACGGUGGAUUCAGAGACUGAAUACUUUGGAUUAAACCUCACCUGUGAGAGUGAUUAGAGAAGUAGCCUAACAAAGAGUCUGUAGAUUACAGAUCGAGGCCUAGGAUACAUCUCUGAACAACACGGGACUAAUCAUAGGCUUGUAUCCCAAAAUGGCACCCUAUUCCCCUAUAUAGUGCACUACUUUUGACCAGACCCUAUGGAGUAACUAGUGCACUACUUUUCACCUGGGCCAUUUGGGACAGAAUUAUACAGUGAAAUUACUCCUGUUGAGGGGGUCAGGAUGUGUGUAUUGAAGGGGGUCAGGAUGUGAGGUUGACUGUUCCUGGUGUGUAUUGAAGGGGGUCAGGAUGUGUGUAUUGAAGGGGGUCAGGAUGUGUGUAUUGAAGGGGGUCAGGAUGUGAGGUCUACUGUUCCUGGUGUGUAUUGAAGGGGGUCAGGAUGUGUGUAUUGAAGGGGGUCAGGAUGUGAGGUCUACUGUUGCUGGUGUGUAUUUAUAACCAUAUUAAAGAGACCAGUUCAAUUCAAACUUUAUUGUCCCAGCAGGGAGUAUUUUAUUGUGCAGCUAAGAGUACAUAGCUGCUCAACAAAAACGUCCUUUUUUGUUAUUUGGUACUCCCCAAAAUGGCACCCUAUUCCCUAAUAUAGUGCACUACUUACCCCAUAGGGCUCUGGUCAAAAGUAGUGCACUAGUUACUCCAUAGGGCUCUGGUCCAAAGUAGUGCACAAGUUACUCCAUAGGGCUCUGGUCCAAAGUAGUGCACUAGUUACUCCAUAGGACUCUGGUCCAAAGUAGUGCACUAUACAGGGAAUAGUGUUCCGUUUGGGACGCCACUCAUUGGGCCAAGAUGGUCCUGACAAUAAACAAAAAAUAAAUACAAAUUAUAAUACCAAUGUAUUUUUUAAAUGACCUCGAGUUAGCCUGAGAUAUUAGAUUCAUAUGUUGUACAAAUGUGAACUAGUGUCAAUUCCGACAUCACAUGUACAGUUAUCAGUUUAGAUUAUAGUCUCAAAGCUGACUGGAGUUGUCAGUUCAGAUGUUCUGUUUUCCAAAUCAGAACUAGUUCAAGUGGUGUAAAAUGACUUGCUCUCCUCUCCUUCAUCUGUAUUGGUUUGAAUUAU